AUGGCCUGUUGUCCCGACUCCGUGACUCCACUGGAGUCCAGCCCUGAGGUUUUUACCGAUUUUGCCCAUGCUCUUGGGCUACAGUCUGAUAUGGCAUUCCACGACAUAUACUCAUUGACUGACCCUGAUAUGUUGGCUUUCUUGUCUAGGCCGAUGAAGUCCGUGAUUCUCCUAUUCCCGCUGAACGCCUUCUUUAGAGAACUAAUUUGCCCAGAGUACCACGGCGGAGAUAAGUCGCCAAUAUGGUUUAAGCAAACCAUCAGGAACGCAUGCGGGAUGUAUGCUCUUCUUCAUUCGCUGGCCAACAACAGGGAGCUCGUGAUGCAGGAUUCUCCACUGGACAGGUUUCUGGCGCAGAAUCCGUCAGCUGACGGGAGGUACGAUGACCAAAACACCGUGGACUUCCUGGUGGCUAACGGGGAGCUAUACCAGAGGAGCUCGCUCCAGGGGCAGACGGAGGCACCAGACCCGGAGGAAGAGGUGGAAUUGCACUUCAUCACGUUCCUAGUUAGUGGCGGUCAGGUGUUCGAACUUGACGGACGCGGGAAGGGGCCGUACCUGCUGGGCGCGGCCUCUGACGGAGACGUCCUGGAACAGCCGCUGGUCAAGGACCGUAUACAAUGGUUUAUGGACAAUGCAGAUGACGAGGCCAAGAACCAAUUUUCACUUCUAGGCUUGGGUCCGUCGUGGAAAUAA